GUCGGUGGGCUUGGUGGUGAAGGCAUCGAGGUGUAUAUGCAUAACAGGAGAAGGGGACCGGUGGGCGAGCUGAUUGGGUAUUGGAACCAUCAUUUCUUCCAUCCGCGACGUAUGCAUGUCGUCCUCGCCCGGGGAGCGAAAGCGUACUCGGGUUCGGAUCCGCACCCUCCAGACGUGCCCGCCAUGUCGGAAUACGAAACCGAGGGCGAACGCAGCAAAAAUCUCAAGCGAUUCGAGGCAGAAUAUCCAAAAUGCUGGAGACUAGUGGUGGUGCAUAGGCCAUGACGCGGGCGGCCGGAUUCCUCACAUUGCUGUACACCAGUGUAUACCUUGCUCUUUGGCUAUGCCUAUUCACACUUGUCGCGUCUGCCUAUGCUUGCUGUCGUGCUAGAGAU